GAGGAGCAGGCGAGCGCCUUUUAGAAAGUUAGCAGCGGCUGCCAGUAUGCGAUCUGUAAUUGCGUCGGCAUGCUGGCUUUGUGCGCUCUGCGUGUGGCCACUUGGAGGAGCAUAGCUGGCAGACGGCUGACUCUUUGCACCGCUCCGGGGGUAAUGGUGCUGGGGUGUGAACAUCGCAAAAAAAUGAAACAGACGGUGUAGAGGGCGAUACGGGAUUACUUGCACCUUGCUACGCAGACCAUGGCUGGAUUUUAUAAUUGUUUGCGGGGUAAAAAUGACUCUGAUAUUAUGGCUUCUGGACCUUCUGAAGUCGACCCACACCAGGCACAGCCAGAUACCUCAGAGGAGUGCCCAGGAAAGAAAAAGUCAAAGUUCCAGACUUUUAAGAACUUUUUUGCCAAGAAAAAGAGAAAAACUCCAGCCACAUCCAGUGGUGACAGUCUUUUAAAACAGAGCCAGUCGAGUGAUGAUGUCAAUGCACCCGACCAACCCAAAGUUCAGACAACCCUGCAGUAUGAAAUGGGGUCAAAGGUCAGCCUGGGAAACAAGGCCCUGUCACAUGACAGUGUGUUUAUUUCUGACGCGCCAUCAUCAGAAAACACGGAAAGUUUGGUGUCUUCACAGGAUAAUCUCCCAGGAAAAGUGAAAACUUUGCAGCUUCAGCUGCAGCAGGCAAUUCGAAUGGGUUCACCGUCUGCCGUCAUUGCGUGUAAGAAAGCAGAAGAUGCUGGCGCACUCUCAGAGGAUGAUGGGCUUCCCAGGAGUCCACCAGAGAUCUCUACACUUCACACCGUGCUUAUGGACACUGCUACAGGGUCUUCCAACCCUGCCCCAAGAAAUAGUUCCGUGAGUUUAGAUGGAACAGACAGUGAAGAUGAACAGAUGUCUUUGGAAACAUCAUCAAGGCCAGGCAGCCCUAUGUCUCCUUCCAUUCUUCUAACUCCAACGUCACCAAGCAGUCUAUCUCUCGUCGCCGACUUCAGUGCCCCAGCCAGCCCUCUGGCAUGUCUGGAUAAUUCAGCCGCCAAGCACAGGAUCAACGUUAAACACAAAGCCCGAAUUAAAAGGAAGCCUGCAAGUAGAGAGAUUUUGGGAAGCUGUGAGAAAAAAGAUUCUUCUGGUACAGUUCCACAAACAGAUGAACAGGUGCCAAUUCAUCUGUCAAGUGGAGAAGAAGGAAUGGUUGUAGAACACAGAAAUGCAGAAGAAAGCAUCACCAAGGACAAUGAAUCAACAGAAGCAGAGGCAAAUGUCCCAGUUUGCCUUCCUGAAGACAGCCUACAGUAUGAGAAGGACAGCAGUUCUGAAAGCUCAGAAGACGGCUUGCUAAAUGAAGAAAGCCUGGAGCUAAAGGAGGAACUUGAUGGAUCUGAUGAUAUUCUGAAGACCAAUAUUAUUUGUGUUUCUGAUGUGUAUCUUGAACCAAUGGAGACUUCAGAGUCGGUGACAUCUGUUCUUGCAGAUUCCUGUACCUUAGAGCAUGAAUCAUGCUCUAGGCAGGCUUUAACCUUGGAGGAUGAUAAAGCACAUUCUUGCUUGGUUACAAAUGCUGAGGAUGCUAAGCCUGAAGUUGAUGACAUAGAAGAAGAGUGCCAUAUUGCUGUUGAAGAAGGAGCUAAAUCAUUUUCAGAGGAAAUACUAAGUUCCUUAGAAGGUUCAUUUUCAUUAUUGCACAGAGCAGAACCUGAGGCAGAAAUUCAAAAGGAACACACCAGCACUGAGUUGUUGGAGGAUGUCACCAAAUCACCUGACAGUUUUUGUAGUUUAGAAGACAAUUAUUGUCCCAAUCUUUCCCUAUUGGUUGUUGAGGACCCCCUCAAUGAAGACCAAGGACAGCAGGAAGAUAUUUUAACUGAACAUGCUGACACGGAUGAUGGGAAUAUUUUGGAAGACAGAUCCUCUGGUAAACACCACAAGGAAUCUGAAGAAAUCAAUGUUUCAAGCAAUUUAUUGGAUGAAAAUAAUGUAAUGCUCACUGAUAAAACAUGUGAGGAAUCAUGUGAUUCCCAUGGUGAGAUGGGUAGGGACAGAGAUCAGAAUGAGGACAGUACUGAUCCUGUCUCCACACAUGAGAUUUUAUUGCCAGAAGAACAUCCAACCAGUGAUCCUUCAGAAGCCAUAACAACUAACUCAAGCCAGGAAUCCUCAACAGCAGAUGAGCUAUCUUUAAAGAUUUGUUCAAAGCCUGAACUUACAGACACAGAAAAGGAGGAACAAGAGACAGUUGUCAUAACGGGCCAUUCAGAGGCUCUGAAAAGGACCCCCAGCAAAAUCAGGUUCACCAUUGCUCCUGCUUGGCAGAGGUCUUUUUCAGGGAGUGGUCAACAGAAGGACCCCACCAACACUUCACCCAUUAUGCCAGAACAGUUUGAAGGAGUCCAAAAUGAUGACAUAGAUUUCCAUGAACAUGGUCUCUUCUCUAGAUAGCUCACCUUCCUGUGCAACUGAAGUCAAAGAUGACCCAAACACCAUCCAGCCUGCAGUGUGUCCACCUUCUAAAGUAAUGCCCAGCAAUGAGUCACAGAGCA